AUGCCCGCAGGAAAAUCUGAGAAUGAAUACAGCGAAUGUGUGCCUCCAGGUGCCCUUUCCACGAGCCAGGAAAAUCUCUACUCCACCCUAAAUUUCGGAAGAAACGAAUUUCUCAACGUAUCUGCCUUAACAGUGAGCACGAAAAAUCUAUGGGAGGGCAAAACUAAGCAGCAAAGCACACGGGACUUGCGUCUUGAGCCAAUGUACAUUGACGUUUUAUCUGAGUCAAGUACAGCAGGAAAAUCAUCUCGGAGGUUAACAUGCCUUAUUGCGUGGCUGGUAAUGCUGACCAUUCUUUCGUUUGCCUCUCUGGCGGUCACAGUUUUUAUAUUUUACAAAGGGGGUAUGACCAACGAAAAGCCCUCUUCUACUACUUUGGAUACAAACGGUAGGUUUUAGAAGUAUUUACACUGUAAAUUUAGGCGUAAACGAAAGGGGGUAGGCUUUUGCUUUCCGUUAAUUUCAUCUCAAGGUUAUCGGAAAAAUCUUUCUCUCUCUUUAAGAAGGUCUACAUUCAUCGCGAACCACUUCACUGGGCAAUACGGUCUUUUACUGCAAACAGUGUCUUAGCAGGGACAUUAUUUUUAUUAUUUUUAUUUUUUUUUCUACCACUUUUUUAAGUAAAAAGUUUCUUUGAUGCUUCUACAUUGCGUUUGAUAUAAAACGGGAUGUAUACCCGUUUCCCAACUUGUUUGGUAAUUCAAUACGGUUAAUCACUAAAUAUCGCUACUUCCUUUUCUUUGGUGACGUAACUCCUUAAUUAACCCGGCUCCGGAUCACAAGUCUAUUCCACGUUUGCAAUGUUUACAUGUUCUUAAUUCUGAUUGGCUAACGAUCUGCCAAAUUAAGACUCCUUUUUGAUUAGCCAAUCAACGUUUGGAUGGUCCCGAUUGAGUUUGUUACACUGUAAGUUUUAAAUGUUUCUUUAGGGAGAAAAAUUGACCUAAAAACAUUCUUCAGAUUUUGUAUAACUACGGUCUCGGAUAGUUGACGGGAUCUUUUUAUGCUCGUGGGCUAAAACUCGCGCUACAUUUCUCCACAGGAAAUUGGUGUAGUGCAUGUGACCGGACUUCCCGAAACAAAUUUGUAUAGGUAAUAGCAUGAAUUGUAGUGAUAUUUGGCAUAAAUACCGCGAGUGAUAUUUCGAAACCGUUAUACGUAAUUUCACGAGCCUUUACACGAGUGAAAUUUGAGACAAUUUUGAAAUAUCACGAGUGGUAUUUAUGCCAAAUAACACGUACAAAUUAUGCUAUUAUUUGUUUAUACUACUGGGUAUUUCAAUUAAGCUGAAAUACCACUGCUCUAACGCAAUCAAAUUGCAGAAAUUUUUCAUGUAGUAGUAUAAACCAUGGAAAAAUUAUAACGGAAACUUAAUGGUGUUAUGCCAUCCACCAUGUUAUAACACACUAUAAUGAGACAAGACGCGGUUCGGGAAGUUGCUACUUAACAAAACAACGAGGAAAUCGGAAGAUUGUAGUUCUCUCUUAACUAGGGAAAGCGAACGAGGAACUGUUAGGGUUACAGAGAAGGUUUAAUAACUGGCAGCCUCUUUUUUCUCUCCAGACAUGGUAUUAUGGUAUAAUGCUGCUAUAAUACCAUUAUGACAUUGAGUUUUAUGAAUCUAUUUUUUUUUUUACCGCGAAAACUUUCAUUUCUAUCAAAAACAAAAACAACUACCUGACUCCGGGGUGAAGUCCGAAGCGAGGUCACUACAAACAGAAAAAAGGCGGGAAAAACUGGCAGAAUACCUAGGCAUGUGCCGCAUACGCAAGUUUUGCACUAUACCUGCCUGCAUAAAUGAAAAGAAUCACUGGCUAAAUAAAUAAAAAUAUCUUCAAUUCGGUCUGUAGUAUAGCCGCUCAAAACGCCAGCUAUAGUGUUAUCAUUUUAUGGCGGAUCACUUACUUAAAUAAACAAAUACCGAAGAUCAAUUUCUACCACAAGGUCACGUUUUGUUGCAAAACAUGGGCAUUCCGAUUACUUUAUUAAUACAUCUUUUGCACAAUCUGACCUCCAUACGGUAUUAAAAAGCAUAAGUAGCUUUGGCCCAGCUUUUUCUCAACGAAAGGAUCCGUUACGGGUCAUGUUGCCUGUACUGUUAGAUAGAAUGAUCAUUAUGAGCAAUACCUUGAACGAUUUCAAAUUAAAAGUGGAGCAUAUGUUACCAAUCAAUACUUCUAGAAAUUCAAAUAAUAUUAUCAUUCUAUCAUACUCCAGCAUAUGGGCGACAUUUAUUUCGCGGGGGAGGGUGUUCUUGGGUAUGUUUUGAGUGAAUUCUUCCGGGACUCCAAAUUGGGCCCCGUUUUGAGAGAAUUUACACUCAGACUUAUGCCCCGUUCUCGGAAUAGCACAGUUAUUAUAAUAUCUGACCAUGGCCAAAAUUAAAUGGCCCGUUACAAAAAUUCGUCAUUUUGUUAAGCAAGCAGUUGAACAUUUCGUGCAUUUGACAAAAAUCAAAAGCGAACAAACAAAAUAUAUGAAAACAAGUUCGAGCUCCAAUCGGAAGGAACACCCACACGCAAGCGUCUCCCUGUCGUCCUUGUAAAAGGUUCAGCUUUUCACAAACCUCGCAAGAAGGAUACCCGAGUUGUCUUCUAUAUGCCGCCCAAUAAAGAAAACUGGGACUGUAAGUACAUGCCGCGAAAGAGAAUAGUAUUAGGAGUGAUGCAUAGGGAAAGAGCCCAUUUACGUUAUGCAGUCACUUCUCGGGUUGAUAACACAGAAUAGCAGCAUCAGUACGGCAAAAAAUAUUGCGUGCAAAAACCAAAACACACCCUCUUGGUAAAAUGACGUGCCUUCCUUGCAGGAAGUUCCGCUGCACGAAAUCUUAUUGAUUCAAUUGAAUUAAUAUAGAUUUAUAAUAGAUUUACUGAUCUCUUCAUUCCUACAGGUAAAAAUAUUUUUUCAUUCUCAACUUUGGACUUCAGCCUCCAGCUUAUUAUUUUUGGGACCCUGCAAUUUAGCGGAACGCGAUAAAUUGGUAGGACGCGAGACAUCCGUGAAGAUAUCAGGCCUUUGCGUGAAACAAGCCGAUAUAGCAAGAAAAAAAUUGUCAGCACUCUCUUAAUAGAGCUGAUAUGCCAACGGGAUUAGUGAUACUGAGAGGUCUGUACUGAAACUGAUACUUUUUGCUGUUGUUCUCUUCUAGGCGCACGUGAUUUGGGCAAAUUUAACCCUCGACUGGGUUCUUUUCAAGGUAGUGACAUCGAAAGAAUCAAUCAACUUUCCAAGAAUUUGACUUCUCUGUGGCAAAAGCUGGUAAUUUGAUGAAUUUGUUUGUUUGUUUGAGUUAACAAAGUGAAAGAGGACAAGAGGAAACCUUUCUAAAAGAAAGAGAAAUAAGAGAAAUUCCCCUCUAAUAGAUUUCUACACUACUACAUUUUAUAUAAGAUGAUUCGUCGGUAUAAGCAUAGAGGCUGUUAUGAAAAAAUUGUGUCCAGGGAACCACACAACGCAAAAUCAAGCGGCAAUUGUUGUUGCUGGAUCUCUUUUUAUUGAGAGACUUCAAGCAGAUGUCAUAAAAUUUAAGUCUCUUGAUUAAGUUUAGGGGAUAUCCAGAAAUUUUGAGGGUUUUUGUAAAGUCAGGGCCGGGUGGUCACAUUGUGCCCCCUCCUGCCAGGCUAAAUAGGUUUAAGUCAAGAGCGAUUAAGGUAUAGGCACGCUUAGGAUCAAUGAGGCUCAUACGGUCAAAGCUUAUCUCGUUUAGGUAGUUUGAGCCACCCCUGGAUCUUGGUCCGAUCCAUCGGACCUCAUGGUAGUUAAAACCGUUUUGCAAAUUGUAUAUGCCUAAUUCGAUAAAGGUUGCUUUGGCAAUUGGUCAUUGGCGAUCGGGCAUAGGGCAUUCAGGCAUACAGAACAACGCAAUAAUGUGUUUGAGUGACCACAAAAAAAAUAGAUUCCCAGUGCCCAAUUACCAAUGCCGAAAGAAGACUCUGUUGAAUCAGCUGUACAUAAAUAGCUUUGAUUUAUUGUUUACAAUCUGUUGCUUCAUUUUACAGGAAAACGUCAGCAAAAUGGCAGGGCCACCAGGAAUGAAAGGCUCUACGGGGCCAAAGGGCCCUCGGGGCUUCAAUGGCAGUAAAGGUGUACCUGGAAAACCUGGUGCACGCGGACCACCCGGGCCACCGGGUCCACAGGGAGCAGACGGCCCUCGGGGCUUUAAUGGUAGUGACGGAAAACAAGGUGCACCCGGACCGCAGGGUCCUCAAGGAGCAGAGGGCCUCAUGGGACCGCCAGGAAAAAAUGGUACCAGAGGGCUUGACGGUUCUCCAGGGCCCCCAGGUCCAGGGGGAGCUGGAAACUUUAGCUCUUGUGUUUUCAAAGCCAAAAUGGAUUCAGCUCAGGUACAAGCAGGGACCUCGGCACACAAUGACGUGUCGAUCAUUGAAGCAGUAGUAAGUAUGGUCUAUAAAUUAAUUAAUUCGUAUUAA